GAGUCAUCUGGCAAGACCGCGGGCACCGAGUCAUCUGGCAAGACCGCGGGCACCGAGUCAUCUGGCAAGACCGCGGGCACCGAGUCAUCUGGCAAGACCGCGGGCACCGAGUCACCAGUCACAACAGCGGGCUCUGAGUCAACCGGCCCGACAGCGGGCUCUGAGUCAACUGGCGGAACAGCGGUCACCGAGUCGUCUGGCAAGACUGCGGGCACCGAGUCGUCUGGCAAGACUGCGGGCAUCGAGUCAUCUGGCAAGACUGCGGGCAUCGAAUCGUCUGGCAAGACUGCGGGCAUCGAGUCAACUGGCAUAAUAGGAUCAUCAGGCUGGAUCAGUUCAUCAGGCUGGGUGGAGACAUCAGGCUGGGUGGAGACAUCAGGCUGGGUAAGGGCAUCAGGCUAAGGGGCUGGGUAAGGGCAUCAGGCUGAAUUGUCGGCGCCGAGGCACCAGGCUGCACCACGGAAGGCGGGUUCUCAGAUGGCAGGCUGACCAGUUUGGAUACUGGCAGGAUGGUAUUGGUUGGAAAGAAUUUUCGCCUUUUCCUGGUUUUAGUUACCGGAGUACUGUAAGUAAGUGCAGGUUUGGUAAAAGGCAGGAUAGUAAUGGUUAGAAGCAGGACUGGGUUGUUGCAAGCUGACUGAGGCUGGAUGUAACAAAUCUGUCCAUGUCUGCAGUACUGGCUGAACAAAG